UCCAGCUCGUUAAAAAAAUAUUAGGAAACAUUUACAGUUUGCACAUUAUACCUGAUUGCACAUUUUUUUAAGCAACUUAGAAUUGCAAACAUGCUGAUGAUCGACCUGAUGGAAAGUGGUAACCGUAGCCUAUAGACACGAGCAGUACCAUGGACAUAACAGAGUAUACUGUUUCGCCCAUGACACCCUCCCAUGCGUUGCCAUUCCUGAGGACUAAGGUGUUAUGCAUAUGUACCCUGUAAAUUCACUGCCAUAUCCCUGCCACCCUUCAAACCGAAACACAGCCAUGCAAAUACAACUGCUUCACGGUUGAAACACGAAUGGGAUAGAUGUGCCCAAGCAAACGACUUUUGUACAAAGCCUCCUUCUGGUAUUAACUUCUUUAUCCAUAAAUCAUAGUCGAACGUCAAAUCUGUUUUAGCUAUUUUAUCCUUGUGCCUAAAUUCUCAAUUUAAAAGAAUGUGACAAAACCCUCCAUAGGUUUCAGUUUUUAUUAAUAAUGGAACAUUUUUAUAAUACACAAUCAACUAGUGGAACCCAUGAAAAUGAAAUGAACAAUAUAAUACUAAUACCAGUAGAUAAUCUUCUUUUAAUUAUUAAUAUCAAUAUUAUUCAUUCUGCUAUUAGGUCGGAUUUACACGACGCUCAAAGGUGGGAAGGUGCUGCUGCUAGCAGGCUACCGGUAUCAUCGGGAAUAUGGUGAUGAAAUAAGGAGUUACUGGCGCUGUACCAAAAGGAGUUCACUGUCAUGCAAAGGCAAAGUCAGAAUCGUAGAUGGACGCAUCAUAUUACUGGGUGGACAUAAUCAUCACGUCAACCAUAAGCCGAAUUUGAUGUGCCUGUUAUAAUAUUUUAUCAUUUUUAUUUUGGUUUGUAAAUAUACGAUACGAGAAUUAAGUGCUACAAAUAUUUUAAAAGAAAUGUAAACGUAAAGGUGAUUCCAUUUUGAGUGUAAGUUCUAAUAGUACAUAGAUAAAGUUAAAAGAACAACGCAAAAAAUAUGUCCAACGAAGUAACGAUUGCAAAUUGUUUGUAAAAUGUCUAACAAGCAUAUUUACAUUGAAUAAAAAAAAGAACAAGAAUGUUUCGUGUUCAAACACAACAUUGGUCCAUGUAUGUGUUACUAACCAAAUUUUAAAUAGAAUUUAACGAUACUUAUCACUGAUUGGAAAGUGGAAAAACUACAGUCUCAAAAUUUCUACUGUAAAUGCUGGAAGAAUUGCUACUAUAAUUAUAAAUAUAAAUGUAGCAAUAAUUUUUUUACUGUAACAAAUGGCAACGGAAUGCAAUAUUAUUUAUAUGAAUACGUAUACUACGUAUUGCUUUUUUUUUUAUUUAUUUGAACUAUUUGUCAGCUAGUUAGCUAGUUAUUUGAACUAGUUGUUGACUAAUAAAAUUAUACGCUACUCAAUUAUAAUAAUAUUAUUAGUAAUUGUAAAUAUAGACAUUUAUUAAAAGUCUAAUAAUAUUUUUUGUUAUUAAAUUUUAGUAUAUAAGUUUAAAAAAAUUCUUAAUACUGAAAAUAUGUUGAUAACUAUCUCAUAGUCUGUCCAAUAAAUGUCUCACAAAAUAAACAUAUGCAAGUCUGGUUCAACAGAAUUUAAUGAAAAGUAUACAUUUUCAUUAAAUUCUCUGACUAAUAAAAAUCACAUUCAACAGCGUUUUGCUUCUUUUUUUCUUUUGGCUAAAUUUUUAUGUGCUGUCUGUCAGACUUUCGAGGAAUUUAUCAGCAUUUAUUUAAUAAAAUAACCUUUGAAACAGGUGUAGUUUACAAAUAUUUUAAUAUAUCCAAUAUUCAUUUUACAAAGAUAAAUCUUUUAUUUUCAUUUUUAUUUGGAUUUAGGUAUAAAAAUUUACAGUAAUAUAAAUAAUAAACUAACCUAGCAAGGAAAAUCCGACAACAGGACCUCUCAAAUACAAUUAAAAGUACCUAGAUUGGAACUAGUUCAGAUAAAUUAUUUUCCCGAUGCAUUCCAAUCGAUAAUAGGUACAGGGCCUCUUUUAUAUUAUUACUAUUUUAACGCUUAACCCUUUACACUCCGUUGUCGCCGUAUUUGCGACAUUAAAAUGGUUACAUUAAAUCGACUGUCGCGACUACGCCACCGGUGACACGGUUGUUUUACUGACUCAGAUGUACCCUUUAUAAAAUAGCUAAGAAAUAAAUGUUUUGUUUCAUUAGAACGACUCCAUUAUUCUUUUACAUCACAGGUAUGUUCCUGUUAGUAAUUAGUGCUAGAGUUAUUGGUAUCCUCUAUGAGUUACUAGGCAGAAGUGCAAAGGGUCAAUGGAUAAAAAUUAAAAUAAAACCCCAUAAAUAUAAGUAAUUCUAAGUGUUGUGGUCCAUAGUAGGUAUAUAUAUCCAUAUUCUAGUUUAAAGGGAUAUUUGUGAGAAAUUGCUAGACUGUAACUCAAUACCUUCAUGUCACAAAUAAUAACAAUUAAUAAAUAAAUAUUUUUCUAUAUAGUCGUAAUUUUAUUUCAUAUAAUCCCCUCUACAACCCCAUUUCAUUAGAUUUAAAUUACUUUUCUCAGCAAUCACUAGUAAAUAUGUGUCCCUAAUGUAGAUAUGUUUUGCAGGAACAGAAAACUGUACUACGAACAUACAAAUCAGUGAAGUUGUAUCAAAAGCGACUGAAAAUGCUGAAGAAGAAACCAUUGGCAAGGAUAACAAUAUUAGUGAAGUUGUUCCAGAAGUCACACAAAAUGCCGAAGCGGAAAAGAAGAAUCAGAUCGGUGACCCUGUAGCAGAAACGGUCCAAGAUACCGAAAUGGAAAACGUUUGUGUGGAUAAUGAAAAUCGUGGAGUUGGAGACAUGCCAGGAGACAUACCAGAUUCCGGUGCAGAAAACAUUUGUAUGGAUAUUCAACCCAGUGAAGUUGUAUCAGAAUCCAGCCGAAAUACUGAAGCAGUAAAUGUUCAUAUCAGUAACGAAAACAGUAAAGUUGAAUCAGAAGCCAUUCAAGAUACUGAAGCAGUAAAUGAUGAAAAACACAUCAAUAAUGAAAAUAGUGGAGUUGCAUCAGAAGCUAAUCAAGAUAUUGAAAUGGAAAAGGAUGGUACGAGUAAUCGGAUCACUGAAGAUGCAUUAGAAUCCAAUGAUGACAGUAUCUUUAGCAACAGUUGCAGCAGCAUCAGCUCCUAUAUGGACAGCAGCUGCUCCGAUGAUGUCAUUGAAGUUAUCAGAAAUGAAGCUCCAAUAGAAAUAUCGUCUGACGGAGAGGAAUUAGAACUUGAAAACAACAAAGAAUCAGCAACCCCAACAGCAGUAACUACUAUCCGUAAUAGACCCAAAAUGUAUAUAAAAAAAAGAGCUGGAGAACCUCUUAGUAAUACUACUAAAAAAUCGAAUGAAAAGGAUCAUGGUGAUUUGUUAACUGAAAAUAAAGUAGAAGCAGAUGCACAAAACGAUAAAAAACGCACACUAUUCCAUGAACAUUUUAUAUACAUUCUAGAUUUUCAACAUAAGAACAAAGCGUUCUGGAAUUGUAUUCAUCGACCCAAUGGAUGUAGGGCCAUAGCUAUUACAAUAGAUUCAGAAAUAGUGAGCAUUAUCGACCAACAUUGUCACAAUCAUGAUCAAUAAUUUUUUUUUAGUUAAAUUAAAUAAACUUUAGUUUAAAACUGAAACAUAUCCAAAUUAUAAAUUUAAACUUUUAGUUUAAGCAUAACUUAAUUAACUGUUAUGAAAAAAAAUUGUUAAAACAAUUUUUAAAACUGUCAGUCACUGGGAUCGAUUCUGAGGCGCAAUUUAAAGAACAAAAUUUUACCAACAUUUUAACUUAAUAUUUUGAUUUGAUAGUUUCUCAAAAUUAUUCUUUUAUGGACCAUCAUAAAUUAAAUUUGUAAUAAUUUAGACUUAAAUCUUUCAGAAAUUUAGUUCAUAUUGGU